AUGGUUGAGGAAGUCACAAUCGAGGAUUCCAUUGAAACUCGAAUCAGAACGCUUUCUGCUGGUGUCAAGUCAAAGGUUUGGAAAGUUGAUGAUCGCAAGCAACUUUUUAAGUGUGUGUUUAUUCCAGGCUUGGACGUGACCGUUAAGGUUACGUGA